AUGUUUGUUGUUUAUUCCUUGAACCGGUGGUGGCAGGAGGAUGAUGAUGAUGAAAAUAACGAUGAUACUCGCCGGCGGCAGGAAGAACGACUGGGCAGACCAAAUAUACGUAUUGCGCAGAUUGUAUCCCGAGCGGUGCACCGACUGCAGCAGCAGCAGCGGGAGCAACGGAAAACCGGAUUUCUUGUUUAUUGGUUGCUUUUUGUACCUGCAUCUUCUUUUAUUGACCCGGGCGGUGCGUUGCUAAAGUCGUCCGCUACGAGGUGGACACACUUGGGUAAGCUCGGAUCGGUUGUGUUUUCACUACAAAUUGGACGUCGGGGUGAAUGCCGUGUAUUGGCUGAAACCUUGGACGGAUUUAAAUGUCUUCUCAAGUAUCUUACUGAGAAGAAGCACAAAUUUUUUACUUACGACACCAAAACUGAACGUGUGUUCAAGGUUGUCAUGAAAGGACUGCCCAGUGGUGAAUCCCUGGAUCAGAUCAAAGAUGAAUUGGCAAAAUUACUUGGAGUUGUGCCACUCCAAGUAAUCAAAAUGAAAAUGAAAUCCCGUCCUGGCGAUUCGCGCAACGGGAUUUCUAAUGAUUUUUAUUUAGUUCACUUCAAGUCUAGUGAACUAAACAACCUUAAGGCCUUAGAAAAAGCUAGCCUUAUGCUCCAUGUCCGAGUGAAGUGGGAACACUUCAGGAAGACUGGAGGAAAUUUCCAAAACCUCACCCAGUGCCGUAAGUGCCAGGGAUGGGGUCACGGAACUAAAAAUUGCUACAUGCCAGCUAAAUGCAUGAAUUGUGGUGAUUCCUCUCACGCAAAGGACGACUGUCCUGUGAAGGAAGAUCCUAAGAAAUUUAAAUGUUCAAAUUGUGGUGAAAACCACAAAUCCAAUUUUUGGGAAUGUAAGACUCGCAAAGCGAUCCUACAAUCU